GUCCGUCGUCCGUGCUCUGCUUUGGUCUGCUCUGGGUGCUAGAUGCUUUGCCUCCGCCGUUAGUUGCGGAUAAGAAGCCGGCGCUAUUGGUUGUACUUUGGCGGGACGUAGAUAACUCCACUGUGGCUGCGCUCGGCGCGGGAACGCGAACGCUAUCUGCAUCUGGUCCGCAAGUGUAUCUGUGAGUGCUGUGAGCUUGGAGUUGGAUUUUGGCAGCGCAAAGACGCUGAAACAGAGAAGAAACCAAACCAAACCAAACCAAAUAAAAGAAAAUAAAAAACAACAAAACAAAUAAAAUAAUACUAAUAUUCUUUAAACAAGUCGAGCAAGCAAAUAUCGUACAAUUUGAAUACUGCUGACUGUGCUCGAGGUCUGGGCCAACACCAGCGGUAAAGGCAACAACAACAACAACGGCAACGAAAACACCAACAAAAUAAUCGAGUCAGAGAGGAAAUGUAGACCGGGUAGGCCAAACUCGGAAAGAAUCCUGCAACCGCGAAUGUCACUCCUAGGGAAGCCGCUGAACUACAAUCGCGGCUCUCGCCGCGAUGUUCGUUACCGGCGUCUCCAGAGUCGCCUCUACAACUUCCUGGAGCGGCCACGCGGCCUGCAUGCCAUCUUUUACCAUGUGAUGGUAUUCCUGAUGGUGUUCACAUGCCUCGCCCUGAGCGUGUUUUCCACCAUCAAGGAGUACGAGGACGACGCCGUGUACAUUCUGUUUCGAAUGGAGAUCCUGGUGGUCAUCUGGUUCACGAUGGAGUUCGGGGCCCGACUAUGGUCGUCGGGCUGCCGGUCGCGCUACCAGGGUUGCCUGGGGCGUCUGAAGUUCGUCAAGAGACCAUUUUGUAUUAUAGAUAUUGUCACCAUUUUAGCCUCAAUUGUAGUAUUAGGCAUGGGCACCUCGGGGCAGGUGUUCGCCACGAGUGCGUUACGAGGGCUGCGGUUCUUCCAGAUACUGCGGAUGGUGCGCAUGGAUCGUCGGGGAGGCACCUGGAAGCUCCUCGGUUCGGUUGUAUACGCACACAGACAGGAGCUGAUCACAACCAUGUAUAUAGGAUUCUUAGGUCUAAUCUUUGCAUCAUUCCUGGUCUACAUGUGGGAGAAGGAUGUCAAUGACAAGUUUAGCAACUUUGCACAGGCCCUCUGGUGGGGUGUGAUCACACUGUGCACGGUUGGCUACGGAGACAUGGUGCCCAUCACUUGGCAGGGAAAAUUGAUUGCCUCCUGCUGCGCCCUCCUGGGCAUCUCGUUUUUUGCUCUGCCGGCGGGAAUUCUGGGCAGCGGCUUUGCACUGAAGGUGCAGCAGCAGCAGCGACAGAAGCACAUGAUACGACGACGCCAGCCGGCGGCCACACUCAUCCAGGCCGUGUGGCGAUGCUAUGCGUCCGAUGAGCAUUCCGUGUCUGUGGCCACGUGGAAGAUCCACCAGGUGGCUUUGCCCAGUCCGCCGGCUUCUUCUGAAAACUGGGAGCGAUUAUUAAAAAACAUAUCCGAAUAUAGACGGGCGUCCUCCAGCUUUAAGCACAACACAUCCUUUGUGGCCCGCCUGCCCACCAUAAGGCGACACAAAAGCCAGACCAUUCAGGCGCCCGGUGGCGAUGGCAGCGGCCAGUCGAAGCCCCCGAGCUCGUCCCGUGCCUCCACACGCUACACACGCACCAUUCGGGAUAUAAAUACAUCCGUGGAGAACUUGGAGGUAGUACAGAAUGGCAAAUCCCUGAAUCCAAGUUUCAGUGAAGAUUCAGUGGCUGAGACCACAUGCUUAAAAAAUAUUAAAAAUUCAGACGCCCAGCCAAGUCAACUGGCCAACUGCAAGCUCAGCUCCAGUGCUGGCUCUCUGGCCCACUUUUCGCACCAGGCGUCAUCGGUCGAGGCCAAAAGCGAGGUGGCUUCUAGAAAUCUAGCCAUUCCGGUGGUGCUGUUGGGCUUAUUGCAUGGCAGCUUAUUUGGCUCAUCGUUUUCGCUGCGAAAUCCCUGGGUGACAGCCGCAAACACUCCGGACCUGGAGGCCGGUCUAGAGGAGCCGGCCAAAACGGACGACUGUCAGAGGAGCAACACAUUGCCGCUUCCUGUGCCCAGUCCGAGUCCGAGCUCGGGAAGUGGUCGAACGGGUCGAUUCUUUGCAGCCGCAUCGCAGUUCCUGGAGACAGGAUUCUCGCACGGAUCGGCUGCUGCUGCUGAUGGUGGGCCGAACGGAUCCAUCGGUGUGGCAAAUGAGGAUGAUGAGCCGCGCUGCACGCAGCUAACCAAUCGACACAAGACGGCCAUUCGUUUCAUUCGCAAGCUCAAGUACUUUGUGGCACGGCGCAAGUUCAAGGAGGCCUUGAAGCCGUACGAUGUCAAGGAUGUCAUGGAGCAAUACGCAGCUGGUCACGUUGACUUGCUGGGUCGCGUUAAGAUGCUUCAUUUGCGUUUGGAUCAAAUCCUGGGCAAACAAGGCUCCAAGGCCAAGGAUGUGUAUGCAUCUAAAAUAAGUUUAGCCUCCCGUGUGGUUAAGGUCGAGCGACAGGUCGCUGACAUAGAAGAGAAGCUGGACGUGCUGAUCAAAGCCUACAUGGAGGAUCGUGAUAGAUUCUUGGCCCUACCACUCCCAGCAAAGCCCAGCAAAAUACAUUCCAUUAGUCCUAGCCACAAUCCCCUGCACCACGCUCACAACCUGUCAAUGAUCGAUGUGUGGAAGCGCACCGCGGCACUGAGUGUGCAUCCAGAGCACGCAACGACCGCCACUUCGGCCACAUCCACGGACGGCACUGAGCUAAGAGCGCUCACCUCCACGCAGACAACAACAACGACAACCGAUGCGAUAGCCACACAAACCCCGAUGCCGCCUCACAUGCAGCAUACAUCGACCAAUACCAAGUCUUCCGUGCUUAACUCAUAUCAGCUGGGGUCUGAGAAGCAGCAGCACAAUGAUGUUUUUAUGACUGAUUUAGAUAAUAGGACCAAGAAACGUGUUACGUUAAGCCUGCAUAGAUCCACAUCGGAGCCAUAUAGCAAGCAGGAGCAGCGCAUCAGCAUACCAGACGAGGGAGCACAAUCCCUGGAAUGCGCUGCAAAGGCAACGCCGCCCGAUAGUUCAAUUAUACUUAUCGACGAGUAUGAGGACUUCGAAGAGGAAGAUCUAAACUGUGAAGGCGAAAUGGAACAUUUCCCAUCGUGGGAAAUCGACAGCGACAUUGGGGCCGAAGUGGAUGUGGAUGCUGACGGCGACGGUGACUGUGAUGAGUCCACUGAGGACACGGCCCUGCUGCACUGUGCCACGCGCACCGCCAUUGUUAUUACACCAAUUAGCCCAGUAAGCUCCGCACACAAUCUUCAACAGUUAAAUGACCAAACUACAACGCUUAAUAAAUCAAAUUUGCUUCCGCCAGACUCUGGCUAGUUAUUGCAUUGGAGUUAGCCUAAAUGUACGAGUAGCUAUUACAUUAUCAUUAGAAUUGUAUUAUGUACUAUGGAAUACAUAUUUAUGUCAUUUUCUGACAUCUCUGUGUUCAAAUUAUGGAUAGCAAAAUGAACGAAAAUCAAAUUAAAUAAAUCUGCUUUAGCAAUGAAAUGGCUAAUCA